AUGGUCUCCAGCAGCCCUCCUGCCAACGCUGGGGCGGCCACGAACCAGGCCACGGCCUCUUUUGCGCAGCAGCAGCAGUGGGCGCAGCAGGCCGUGGGCGGUGUUCAGCAGCAGCAGCAGUGGGCGCAGCAGAUGAUGGACGCCACGCCGCAGAUGCAGCAGUGGCAGCAGACGCAGCAGCAGCGGCAGAAUGCCGCCGCUGCUGCCGCAGCCGCCAAGCUUGCCGGCUAG